CAAAGUGGAAGCAACUGGGAACAACAGCAACUCAGCCACGAAGUUGUAGGCCAACGUAUGCUGAAGCGCACAAUGUGCAGAAGUCACCAACUCUCUGCAGAGCCAAUAGCUAAAGACCUCCAAAUUUACAGUGUGUAGAGAGCUUCAUGGUAUGUGUUUCUUUGGCUGAGCAGCUGCAUCCAAGCCUUACUUCAACAAGUGCAAUGCAAAGUGUCGGAUGCAGUGGUGUAAAGCACGCCG